AUGAAAGAGGGAAGAAAGAAAGCCAUUUUCUUGUUUCUUCUGCUCCAAAUCCACACACUUUGUAAUUCAACUUCCCUGUCAACAAAGACCAGAUGGAUCAUCGACGAAAAAUCAAGAAAACGGGUGAAGCUCACCUGUGUCAAUUGGAUCUCACAUAUGGAGCCAAUGAUUGCAGAGGGGCUCGAGAAGAAGCCCGUGAGCUACAUAGCGAGUCAGAUAGCUGCAAAUGGCUUCAACUGCGUGAGGUUCACAUGGCCGACUUUUAUGUUCACAAGAUCCAAUUACAGUGCCCUCACAGUUUCCCAAUCCCUGGAUAAGUUUAACCUGGCAGCUGCGAAAUCAGGCAUCGGGAAAAACAAUCCCCAGUUCCUGAACAUGACUGUUGUCGACGUUCAUGAGGCUGUUGUCGAUGAGCUUAGAAAGCGUAAAACCAUGGUGGUUUUGGAUAAUCAUGUCAGCAUGCCGAGUUGGUGUUGUUCCAGCGGUGAUGGCAAUGGAUUCUUUGGGGAUUCCCAUUUUGACCCUAAUGAAUGGCUUCAAGGUCUCUCUAUCGUUGCCAGGAAAUACAAGAAUAAUGCUGCGGUGAUAGGUAUGAGCUUGAGAAAUGAGCUUCGUGGGAGGAAGCAAAAGAUGGAAGAUUGGUACAAAUACAUGAAAAGGGGUGCUGAGGCAGUUCACAAAGAAAACCCUAAAGUUCUUGUAAUAGUGUCGGGGCUAAGCAGUGAUACCAAGCUCGAUUUCUUGAAGAACAAACCCUUAGGAGCAAAUGUGGGGAACAAAUUGGUUUACGAAUCACACUGGUACGGAUUCCAGACGCCGGCCGAGAAAUGGGUCGGACAGACUAACAGACAAUGUGCAGUGGAGAUCCAAAGAGCUCGGAAUAAUUACCUGUUCCUGACGACGACAGGUCCCGGACCUUUCCCUGUCAUGAUGACUGAAUUCGGGAUUGAUCAGAGAAGCACCAAUGAAGUAGACAAUCGGUUCGUUAGCUGCUUCUUGGCGGUUGCUGCAGAGUACGAUCUGGAUUGGGCACUUUGGAGUUUCCAGGGCAGCUACAUUUUGAGACAGGGGAGAGUUGGGAUCGAAGAAUUUUAUGGUGUCAUGAACUUCAAUUGGGAUGCUCCCAGAAAUCCUUCCUUCCUAAACAGGCUCAAAUUCGUCAGACAAAUCAAUCAAGUGCCGAAGCGGUCGAUCCCGUCGUACAGACUGUUCCAUCCCCAAAGCGGCGAAUGCGUGGGAAUUGGGAAGAAGAAGAGGGUCCGUUUAGGUAGCUGCAAAACUGCGAGCAGAUGGGAGAAACACGAGGAAGGGGGGCCGAUCAAGCUGUGGGGGAAGGGGUUGUGCGUCGGCGUAGUUGGGGAGGGCGCCGGCGCCGGCGUGGCUGAGGAUUGCGGGUGUGACGACAUUGGGAGCAGAUGGAAGUCGGUGUCGGCGUCGGGGCUGCAUUUGGGUGCGCAACACGGGCGUGUUGGUGGGGGAUACCUAUGCUUGGAGAGGAAUGGUUCCGACGCGGCGCUGGUUACGCGGAAGUGCCUUUGCGUCGGAGAUGACCUUCGAGACUUUCCUCAAUGUGCCGACGAUCCGCAACUUCAGUGGUUUAAAUUUGUCCCUGUAAAUGCAUGA